AUGGCUCCAAGUGUUUUCAUCACAGGAAUCACCGGCUACGUAGGAGGGGAUUUCCUAUUCCUCGUUACUAAAGAGCAUCCCGAUUGGGAUAUAACGGCUCUAAUACGCGACAAGACCAAAGCGAAGCAGGUCACAGAUGUGUAUCCCGCCGUGCGAAUUGUUCUCGGCGACUUGGAAUCGACUAGUUUGAUCAUUGAGGAGGUUGAAAAGGCAGACAUUGUGUAUAACUUUGCCGACUGCGACCAUGGGGAUUCUGCAAGGGCAAUCGCCCAAGGCGGCGAACUGCACACCCCGGAACGACCGCUGUGGCUCAUCCACACGUCUGGCACUGGCGUUCUUACAUUCCCAGACUUCGCUGAUGGAGUCUUCGGAAUUGCGCGUGAGAGGACAUGGAACGACUGGGACGGCGUCGAUGAGAUCACCACCACCAUCCCUGACGAGUCGCCUCACCGACUAGUCGACAAGAUAAUUCUUGAAGUCGGCACACGGUGUAGCGAUCGUGUCAAGACUGCCAUCGUCUGCCCUCCCCUGAUCUACGGCACUGGUCGUGGCCCAGGCAACACGCGCAGUAUGCAAGCGUACUGGAUGGCCGAGCUCGUCGUGCGUCGGCAAAAGGGAUUCGUGGUUGGCAAGGGCGAAAAUAAGAUAGGCUAUAUACAUGUGCAUGAUCUGGUCGAUCUAUUCCUAAGCCUGGGACAAGCAGCCACCGGUAUUGCUCCCGGUGGCAGCAAUGCUCCUUCUUGGGGUGCGAAGGGGUACUAUUUCACAGAAAACGGCUCUAUUCAGGGGCUCAGAAUGAGCUCGCUGGUUGCGGAGAUCGCGUAUGAUAUGGGCCUGAUUCCAUCGACUGAGCUGGACUAUCUUACAGAUGACCAGGCGCUCCGUCUGCAUCCCAAGGCGUUGUAUUCUUGGGGCACAAACCAGAGAUUUGUUGCGCUGCGUGCGCGGCGGUUGCUUGGUUGGAGUCCAUAUCGACCGAGUUUGGAGGAGGCUUUCUCUCAGAUCGUAGCUUCGGAGGCUGCAAAGCUGGCCUGA